AUUUCCUUGUCAAAGUAAAGCACACCCCACCACCAAUUCCCAAUCAAAAGACAAGCAAGCAGUGUCUAACUUUUCUUUUCUCAGCUUUCUCUUUUCCUUAAAGUACCAUCUCUCUCUCUUUUCUCCUUGUGUUGUUGGAGGGUGUGUUAUUUAGUGUUCUUCCAAGUUCUAAUAUAGUUUCACUUGCUCCAUACGUACUCCACACAGGAUUCUCUUACUAUGAAAAUACUUUUAUAUGGUAAAGGCUCCCUCAAAUGCAUGCCAAGUACUAUUCCAAUUUGAUUCACUUCAUGGUUCUUCUUGGAGAAAUAAACAUGUAUCUCAAAGGGUGUCAUCUUGGAAUUAGUCAUCUCCAUCCAAUUGAGCAUUUAGUUUAUUAGAACCUACCAUUUCAACUCUCAAGUCUUAACACACAAGGUUACAAAAAGUGGUCUCGAGUGCAAUUUUGGCCGCAACAUUAAGGUUUUUGGACUCUACACGAUCACAUUUGCUGCAUUUGUCUGUAAUUUCCCCGUAAUAUCAAGGAUCACAACAGAACUGUAAUCGCAACUGCAAUUUAAAACCUUGAACAGAACCAUACAAGAUAGAGUCACCAUGCCAUUUGGUUUGGUCUCAGCAUGGAACAAGCGUCGAAGAAGCAUGUCUCACGAUCAUUCAGACCCUUGGAUUUAUAAACCUGCAGAGUUUUGGCAACUUGAAGAUCAAACACCACAACCCACAAAAAGGAGGCAUAGAUCAUCUGUUUUCACACUCAAGGAGAUGGAAGAGGCAACAUGUUCAUUAAGUGAUGAUAAUCUGCUUGGAAAAGGAGGAUUUGGCAGGGUCUACAGGGCCACUUUGAAGUCAGGAGAGGUUGUAGCAAUAAAGAAAAUGGAGCUGCCAGCAAUUAAAGCAGCAGAAGGGGAGCGCGAAUUCCGCGUAGAGGUUGACAUAUUGAGCAGACUUGACCACCCAAAUCUUGUUUCUUUGAUAGGAUACUGUGCUGAUGGGAAGCAUAGAUUCUUAGUUUAUGAUUAUAUGCAUAAUGGGAACCUGCAAGAUCAUCUGAAUGGAAUUGGAGAAAGAAAAAUGGAUUGGCCACUGAGACUCAAAGUGGCAUUUGGAGCUGCAAAAGGGCUUGCUUAUCUUCAUUCAAGUUCUUGUCUUGGAAUUCCUAUUGUUCAUAGAGAUUUCAAAUCCACCAAUGUUCUCUUAGAUGCCAAUUUUGAAGCAAAGAUAUCUGAUUUUGGGCUUGCCAAACUAAUGCCAGAAGGACAGGAAACACAUGUUACUGCCAGAGUACUUGGCACCUUUGGCUAUUUUGACCCCGAGUAUACUUCGACCGGAAAACUUACUCUACAAAGUGAUGUUUAUGCUUUUGGAGUUGUUCUUCUGGAGCUUUUGACAGGACGUCGAGCUGUAGAUCUAAACCAGGGCCCAAAUGAUCAAAACCUUGUACUACAGGUGAGACAUUUACUGAAUGAUCGGAAGAAGCUCCUUAAGGUGAUAGAUCCAGAGAUGGCUCGAAAUUCUUACACCAUGGAAUCUAUAUUCACAUUUGCCAAUCUAGCAUCACGAUGUGUCCGUAGUGAGAGCAAUGAGAGACCUUCGAUGGUGGAUUGUGUCAAAGAAAUCCAAAUGAUUAUGUACACAAAUUCAAAGGGCUUGGGAAUGGUUAUGCAUAGGUUGAGAUUGGUCUAAUAAUCAAAUGAAAUCCCAAGUGUAGCUAGAGACUACUCCAUGAUUAUCAUGGUUUAAUUUCCAGUCACUUAAUUAUUCUAUUAAUUAUUUGUGAGUUCUUCAAUCCAUGUUAUGACCCCAAAUUGGCAUGAUAUUUCGGUGAUUUGGAUGAUCGUAUACGAGAAGAGGAAAUUAUAUCAAACGAUGGUGGACAAAGUUAAAGAUGCACUUCCAAUUUUCAUGGCAUGAACAAACAACUUCAGUGGAAAACCUACUCUUGCAUCCUAACAUAUUAUUUUGUUUUGGAAUAAUGAUGAGCUUGUUUCAACAGAUUUGAUACGCCAUAUUGGUCAAAUGUAUAAAUUGAUACAUAACCUUAGAUUAACAUGUGAUAUCAGUGUUUUCAUUAUAAUGAAGAAAGAACCAUUAUUAUCUAA